AUGAGACUAGUGAUCCCCAACCCGGGAUUAGAGCUUCGGAUUCCAAACUAUGAAGAGCUGGAGAGGAUGGAAAAAGAGGAGGCAGGAGGGCGGCCCAAGUGGGACAACAAAGCCCAGUACAUACUGACAUGUGUAGGCUUCUGCAUUGGUCUGGGGAAUGUGUGGCGAUUCCCCUACUUGUGUCAGAGUCAUGGAGGAGGUGCCUUUUUGAUUCCCUACCUAAUCCUGCUGGUGUUGGAAGGAAUGCCUCUCUUACUGAUGGAGUUUGCCAUUGGCCAACGUCUGAGAAAAGGCAGCGUGGGGGUAUGGAGAGCCAUCAGCCCCUAUCUGACUGGAAUUGGUAUUGCCUCCAUGUUGGUGUCCUUUUUGGUUGGGUUGUACUACAACACCCUAAUAGCCUGGAUCCUGUGGUAUCUCUUCAAUUCUUUUCAAGAACCUCUGCCUUGGACUCAAUGUCCAAUAAAUGAAAAUAGGACAGAAUUUGUAUCGGAAUGCCAACGGAGCUCCACUGUGGAUUAUUUCUUUUACAGAGAGACUCUGAACAGUUCUGACUCAAUAGCCAAAUCUGGGGAAAUUCAGUGGCCUAUGGUGGUUUGUCUCCUGGCAGCAUGGACAAUAGUUGCCAUCUGCUGCAUAAGAGGAAUAAGCACUUCAGGAAAGGCCGUUUACAUCACAGCAAUCCUUCCCUAUGUUGUGCUGGCGAUCUUCCUAAUCCGAGGAGCAACUCUGAAAGGUGCCGUGAGCGGAAUCAAAUUCCUCUUCACACCAGACGUGGAUGAGUUGAUUAAACCGAUUACUUGGCUGGAUGCAGGAGCUCAGGUGUUUUACGCCUUUGGCUUGGCAUGGGGAGGCCUCAUUUCCUUUUCAAGCUACAACCCUGUUCAUAACAACUGCGUGCAAGAUGCUGUGAUCCUCUCUCUUGUAACUGGGCUCACAUCAAUUUAUGCUGCCUUGGUGACCUACUCCAUCAUUGGCUUCAGAGCCACAGAGAAAUACGAAAACUGUAUCUCUGAAAACAUUGUGAGAUUAUUGAACACAUUUAAUCUUCCUGAGGACAACAUCACAUCAACCAGCUAUGAUGAAGCCUUUAAUCAGCUGAACAGCUCCUAUCCUCAUGUCAUUUCUCUACUUAACAUCCAAACUUGUGAUAUGCAGAAACUUCUCAGUGAGGGAGUGGAAGGAACAGGUCUGGCCUUCAUCGUCUUUACAGAAGCCAUUACUAAGAUGCCAGGCUCCCCGAUCUGGUCAGUCCUCUUUUUCAUCAUGCUCCUCUGUCUGGGACUCUCUACUCUGUUUGGCAACAUUGAAGGAGUGGUAGUCCCGUUAAAAGACUUACGAUUAUUUCCUAAAAAAUGGCCCCACGAAGUACUGACCGGGCUGACAUGUUUGAUUUCCUUCAUCAUCUGCCUGCUCUUUGCGCAGCGUUCAGGUCUUUACUGGGUCACUUUGUUUGAUAAUUUUGCCGGAUCAGUCCCCCUACUUACCAUUGGAUUUUUUGAGAUGAUAGCAGUUGUUUACAUUUACGGCAUAGACAGGUUCAAUAAAGACAUAGAGUUCAUGGUUGGUCAUAAGCCAUCAAUCUUCUGGCAGGUCACAUGGAGAGUCAUCAGUCCUCUGAUCGUCUUGGUCAUCCUGAUUUUCUAUCUGGUGACUCAAGCACAACAGAAGCUCACCUAUUUGGUCUGGGACCCCAACUCUGACAUGUUUCCAGCUCUGGCAUCAGUGGAAUACCCUUCAUGGAUCAAUGCAGCUAUCUUCGCUUUGGCUGGAGUCCCCAGCCUGGCUGUGCCUAUCUAUGCUCUAUGCAGACUGAUCUAUGUUUCAUGCGGAAAAAAUAACUAGUUUCAUAUAAAGUUCUUUUUUUUUUCAUUAGAAUGAUAAUAUUCAGUAGGAUAUUUAUAUUCGAUUGCUGUUUACUGUAAAUUAUACUAUUAGUACAUAA